GUCAUAUUGAGUUACCUGAUCAUUCAAACCUGUCUAGGAGAUGAGUUCCAAGCCUAGUAAUAACAGUUCUCUUCAUAUUCAAGAAGAGCACAGGACAUUAAUGGACUCUUCUUCAACUUGUACAGUUUUUUUCCCAAGUGAUAUAAUUUUCGAAAUUCUCACAUGGCUUCCUGCUAAACAAUUAGCACAAUUCAAAUGUGUUUCAAAAUUCUUUUGUUCUGUAAUAGCUGAGCCACUCUUUGUGAAAGUCCACCACGACCGAUCCUCAACCCGCCCCGAUGGAACUCAAAUCCUCAUAUCUAUUUCUGAUUCCUCCUUUCAUAAACGUCACCGCUUCUACACCGUAAAUGACACCGGAGAAGACAAAGCAUUGCUCCAAGUCCAUUAUUUGGAAGCACGACAUUUUAAAAAUCUGAAUGCUUAUGGACAAAGGAAUGCUACUAAUGGCUUGAUUUGUGUAUUCGACCAGCAAGAAGACGUCGUGAUUUGCAACCCUACUACAAGGCAACAAAUUUCCUUGCAAAGAGAUGUGGUGAGCCGAGGUCAGACAGGCACUAGUUACAUAUUGGGUUUUGAUCCGAUUUCGAAAAGCUACAAGGUUUUGAAGUUGCAAGAUUUUUGGGGUAGCAAUGAAUACAAGAGGCAAUAUUGUGUGUUAACUCUCGGAGUUGAUAAAUCAUGGAGGGAGAUCAACAAUUAUUUACUUGGGUACCCGGAUGCGAGUGUUCACAUAGGCGGUAUUAUCUACUUGAUAAGCUCGAUAUUUAGAAAAGAAAUUGUUACUUUCAACGUUGGAGAUGAGAAUAUUGGGUUGGUACCAUUCCCGGGUGUUGAGCUGAAAAAAUGUAAUAUCUCAAAUUUUUGGAGAUUGUCAUGGAUGGAAAUUGAAGGUCGACUUGCCGUCGUUCAUAUAAAAAGGAACAACUUUGUAGUAGGACGAGAAAUGCGUAUUUUGACUUUGGAGAAAUCGAUGAAAUGGGAGAAACAAGUGAUUUCUCUUCCAUGGGAGGAGAGUUUAAUAACUAAAGAUUCUAUGGACAUUUUCUCCACAAGUACUAAUUUAGGGGAAAUACUGUUGUUACUUGAUGCGAAAGGAUCUGUUGAAGUUUUACUUUAUUCAUUUAGAAAACAUGUGUGGAGAAAGAUUGAAGUCUACGGGCCUGAUGAUUAUAUAUAUCAUCAUAUGAGGUCUUCAAAGAAUGUGGUGGAUGUCAUAGAGGAGAAUUUGUACUUUUUCACACAUAAUGAUUGAUUAGUUAUUUUUUUUUUUGGUUUAAUGUUGGUUGAAAAGUUGUAGCACGCAAGGUGUGCACGUGUAUUCAUACAUUUUAUGAAUUUCUCUCAACUUUAGACAUGUUUUGUAUUUUCCGUUCAAGAUUUAGUUUUGACUUAAAAUCAAAUGUCGAAUGAAAGUGAAAAGUUU